CAAAAUAUGUAAAUGGAUUUACAUCUGGUACAGCCUCAGGAAGACCUCCAGUGCAGGCCUCAACAAGCCGGCUCCACACAGAGACAAUGGAAAGACCAAAAAAGAAAUUCUGCAGUAAUGGAGCCAAAAGCCUGACCUUGCCAACCAUACCUCUAUUUGCACCAUCAGCACCUGCUGUGACAGUCCCUGAACCAAGACAAGAUGAAAGAGAACUCCGGCUCUAUCAGAUGCUGGAAGAGAUAAAGGGUCAAGUCAGGCAGAAUUCGCUCCUCCUUCAGGCCAUACUGAGAAGAGAGAAUGCAGCUGAAGUUGUAAAUGAGGAAUUUCAGUUUCCUUUAAGGAGCAUGACAGGCAUAAAAGAUCUGGAGGAUAGGCUGUCAAACAGAGACACACAACGUUCUCUAACAAGAUAUCUUACCAGCUUGGGUGGAACAUCUGCCAAAGACAUUGUCCACAGAAUCAUGAGGGAGAUUAUGACCAAUGAGUUGGCCAACAAUUUUAAUUGGCAAGGGAGAGGACAGAAGAGCCCCUUUUCUGCGCUCUUGCUGGCAAAAGUUGUCAUAGAUGCAGCCAAAAAACAAGGCACAAAAGUGGUGGAAGCCGAGGAAAAAAUUAAAACCUGGCUGAAGUACAGUGGAGACCGAAAUGGAGGAAGAAAAAAAAGAGCAACAGAAAAAGAAAAGCAGAUGCCUCCCCCUCAUGCAGAUUCCAGCAGCUGCGAAAGUGAAUGUGGUGUUAAAGUGUUUGUGAAAGAAGACAGUGAUGCCAUGUUACCCUGUUCUCUCAGCACCAAGGAGAGCAUUGUAUCAGGGGUCUUUGUCUGGAGGAAAGUUGCUCAGAAAGAUAAAAGUCAGAAAGUGUUCCUGUAUGACGUAGGCAAACAUUACAACAACGGUCGUCCAGGUCAGAGUGAAGAGUUCAAAGGUCGAGUCUCUCAUUUUAAAGAUCAACUUGAGUACGGCAACGCCUCCAUAAUCAUCAGAAAUACAAAGGUGACCGACAGUGGAAACUACACCUGUUAUUUUCCCCGUCUUCAUCAAACAGUCUACAUUGAACUUGUUGUCGAACCCUACAUCAGGACUCUGAAAGCCACAGCUGGCUGGGCCCUGCUGCAGUGUGUGGUCCGAAGGGCGGCUCCAGAACCUAAACUAGAGUGGGAGGACAGUGCUGGAAACAGACUUCCUGCUGAGGAACCACAGACCUCAGAAAGAGGAGGCAGCUACAACAUCACUCUCAACACUACUGUGACCAAGACAGACAACUACCUCUGUGUAGUAACACAGGAGGAAAUCAGCCAUCAGACUCACGCUGAGACCUCUGUUCAUAUCAGUGGGAAAGUGUGUGAGGACUCCUUCAGUAAAGGGGCCAUCGGAUGGAUGAUUGGUGCAUUUGUUUUGGGAGCUCUGAUUGUUGCUAUAGUUCAAGCUCUGCUUAAAGUCACAAAUAUCAUCACAAUACGCUGUAAUAAAGGUUCUCGUCAGCAGGGAAACGGUUUGGGCGACCAGGUAAAGGGUUCAUGUGAAGAGCGUUCAGAGAUGCUACAUCCAAACACGUCUCCCCAAAGUAGCACAAAUAAACAGCUCACAGGGCUGUGUUAGCAAACAAGUAAGGUUAGCUCCGGAUGGGAAACAUUUUGUUUCCUGGGAUGGCAAAGGCAUUUUACUCUGAUUGGCUAGUACUUAUUGCCUUCGUUAGUUGGAUUGGUUAGGUUUAGGCAUGAGGAGUGGGAUUGGUUGAGGUACCAGUGUAAGCCAAUCAGAGGUGGAGUAAGGAAACCGCGACCAACAGUAAUUUUUUAUUUUUUUUAAACAUCUUUUAAUUAGAACACAAAGAAAGAUUACAAUGACAAACUCAAUGUUUGAUAAUUCAAGUAGAAUUC